GAGCCCCUCACGCGCGGCUCCCACCACCGGCUCUCGGAGCCCGCGCGACGGUGGGAAAUACGGUCGGGUCCAGGUGGGGCGACAGAGAAGCUUGCCGCCAACUCGGGCGAUGCCGUGGUGGGGAGAAAGCGCGGGUUAGCAGCCGGGACACGCCAACCGUCGGAUUCAGUAAGCGAACGGCUCUUAACGGCCACGAACGUGUUUUUCGUUCUUCGGUUCCCGCGCAUGCAUAUAUACGCCAAUAUAUAUGUACUACCCGAGACUGACCCGCGAGAAACAACGCUGUCGUCGGGUGUACGCAGUCGGUGAUUGGCGACCGCGACGACGCGACAGCAUUAGUCAGAUCGAGCAACAACAACAACAACAACCGCGACACAGAUCCGCUUUUCAAGUUUCACCGCAUCAUUAUCCGUCUGCUACAUCGCUACAUCCAAUUCCGCGACCAAAAAAAGUUGUUCUUCCACCCCGCUCCGCAUCCCCAUCAUUUCGGUUUCGGUCCUUCAUCUUCGUUCCCGCAACUGUGGCUUUAAUCAAUCAAACUGGAUUCCAACAAGCAGUACGUGUCGCGAUUACAUCGCGGCUACCGGAGGCUUAAGAAACUAUUCAAGCGUGUGGCGAACCAGGCGCUUACCGUUUCGCCACAGCCGGCAGUAACGGUGGAGGGGCCGGUGUCUAGAAUGUCUCCACCGACGAACGACGUGACCAAUGGUGUGGUGGCGCCGCCCAGCACCCUGGCGCCCCGGGUUCCACCGACGACGAACCCGACCCUCACCACCAUCAACCCACCAUCGCACAAGCGUACCCCAAAGGACUUCAUCUUUGGCAAGGUGAUCGGCGAAGGAAGCUUCUCUACCGUUUAUAUUGCCAAGGAUAUCCAUACCAGCAAAGAGUACGCGAUCAAGGUGUGCGAGAAGCGUCACAUACUUAAGGAGAAGAAGUCCGAGUAUGUAAAGCUCGAAAAGGACGUGUUGAACAUGCUCGCGGACGCCAAACAUUCGUUCGUGCGUUUGUUCUGCACCUUCCAGGACAGUGAGAGACUCUACUUCGUCCUGUCGUACGCUAAAAACGGCGAGCUCCUGCCAUACAUCAACAAGGUGGGCUCCUUCGACAUCGAGUGCACCAAGUUUUACUCGGCCGAGAUUCUGCGCGGUCUCGAGUACCUGCACGGACUCGGUAUCAUUCACCGGGAUCUCAAGCCGGAAAACAUCCUGCUGGACGAGAAGAUGCACGUGCUAAUCACCGACUUCGGCAGCGCCAAGAUUCUCGACAAUCGGAAAACGACGACAACGACGACGACGACGACCACCACCACCUCGGACGGAGACCCGGACGCCCAGCAACAGCAAUACCGCAGGGAACGCAGGGGCUCCUUCGUCGGUACCGCUCAGUACGUGUCACCAGAGUUACUGACCGACAAAACGGCGAGCAGGGCGUCCGAUCUCUGGGCCCUGGGCUGCAUCGUCUACCAGAUGGUCGCCGGCUUGCCGCCUUUCCGUUCUAGAAGCGAGUACAUGAUAUUCCAAAAGAUCCUGAAACUCGAAUACGAGAUACCGGACGGUUUCGACGAGCUGGCAAAGUCGCUUGUCAGUCAACUCUUGGUCCUGGAGCCGACACAACGAUUGGGCGCUCUGGACGCGCAUGGUGACGGUUAUCCCAGCAUUCGGGCGCAUCCCUUCUUCGAGGGCGUUAAUUUCGAGACCCUCCACGAGCAGACACCACCGCCGAUCUAUCCGUAUCUUCCCGGUACGUCGGAGCACGAGGAGCUGAGAUCGCAGUAUAGAGUGCCCGACAAUCUCGAACCUGGCUUGGACGACAAACAACUUACUAGGCUCCUCGGACUGGGUAUCGGCGAGGACACCGACGACGAUGAUGACAUCACCACCACCAAUACUACCAGCGUGGAACGGAGCGCCGUCAACAAACCUGUCAACAAGACCACCGCGACUGCGGUGAAGCCAAUAAGAAGGAUCAACAAUAACAUCGACGGCGGCGCCAAAAUUGCUGAUCUAACGCCGGAGCAGAUUAGGAUGCGGCUGGAGAAACAGCGCGCCACGAAUCAGUGGGAUACCUUCGUCGAGGGCAAUCUGAUACUGAAGCAGGGCUUUGUCAACAAGAGGAAAGGUCUGUUCACCAGACGAAGAAUGCUCCUGCUAACUACUGGACCGCACCUAUACUAUAUCGAUCCUUUCAAUAUGGUGCUCAAGGGCGAGAUACCCUGGAGCCCUGAACUGAGGGUCGAGCCGAAAAAUUUCAAAAUCUUCUUCGUUCAUACGCCAAACAGGACGUACUAUCUCGAAGAUCCCGAGGGAUUCGCAUUGGAAUGGUGCAGAGCUAUCGAAGAGAUGCGGGUCCAUUGCUACGGCCUGCAGGAGACGACUGCCGCUUAGAAAAGGACGCUCGGGAGAAAUUCGAAAUACAGAACACAUAACGAGCAAUGGUAAAGUCAGUGAGUGACGAUCACCAAGAUCGGACCGUUCUCGACAGAAAAGACGGCGAAUCGAUUGUUCGCGUAUAGCCCGUUGUAAAAAGUAGACUUGUAGACUUGUCGCGCGCUGAACCGCGCUCUGUACAGUUUAGACAAAAAAUUUAUUAGAUAACAAUUCCGAAACGCGAUUCUCUCCGUCGUCGAGGAUCGUCGUGCGAUGUUUAUUAUCUUACUUAUGUUCGCUAUUUAUUAUUGUUAGACCCUUUAGAGGAGAAUCGCAUUAUUCGCGAAAGAAUCGCACGACGCGCAUGCGGCCGUUUGAAACCGCGUGUAAAACAAACAAGGAUAGACGGAGAAUUAGAGAAAUUUUUAGCUAAGGCUUCGGCUGCGUGUAUUUGCGGCAUCUGCUGCCGUGCGAUGUAUUCAACUCGGGCGUGAGAUCGAGGUCACCUGGGGCAAAGGAAGAUAAAGUCCACGCAUUCAUAAAUUUUGAUGCUUUAGUAUUCUCGCGAUACGUAGUCCCGCAUAAUCCCACAUAUGAUCAAAUUUUCUUGCAAAUCCGCAGUUUCGAGAGGGGAAAAGGAAAAGAAAAGAAAAAAUUGGGUUGCGCAUUCCGGAAGGAAAUCUUCUCUUGCCUACAGGCACCUCGUGAUGCGUCGCACGGUGCUAUUAUAGUUUAUUGUACUUUAUUCUUAAGUGUAGUCAAAUUGAUACGCGUCGGCGCAAUAUUUAGAUGAAAUCAAAAACGCGACCCCAGCGUACGUCGUUGCGAAUUAGAAGUCAAUUUAGUCGAGGUUAGCCAAAAAGGACAAUGGAGGAUAACGAGUCAGUGCAGCUUUAACGAGAUGUUUACGUUGCCUGUAAAGGAUCCCCGGAAUCUCGCGACGUUCCGGGCGAUCUUUGCUCUCUUCGCUAUGUUACACACGUACAUGACACACAUACAUGCUCCCCUCACAUGCAUAUACGUACACACAUAUACAAUAUUAUUCGUCACCAUCGUCGUUCCUCGUUACUCUUGUUCGUAUUCUUGUUUCCCUUCGUAAAUAUUCUCUGUAAAUAUUAUAGCACGUUUCUAUGAAGAGCAGGCCGCGUAAAAAACACUUAUUAUCCUGUAACAUAGUAGAUACGUAAAUAGGAAAAGAACAAGUAUCGUUGUCUUACUACGCGCGUUUUUGUCCCCGCUUAGUUCCACUUUUUCGUCGUGGCCCUCGUGAAUUCGAGCGUGCGCGAUUGAUGAUUAGAUUGAAGCGGAAAUUGAGAAAAGGGAGAUAUCGGUCUUUGUAUUUCUCUCCGCACGUUCGUUCAUAUAAAGAGGAAGCGGUGGAGAACACGGGUCAUAGAGAACGAGAAAACCGACUUCGUUUUCCCUCCUUUGCACAAAAGACUUUACAUACCUGAGAAAGAACCUUAGAUAGAUAGCAAUAUAGACUCAUUUGAGAGUUGCUUAGCUUUAAGAAACGCUAGUAAAAUUUGUUUAGAGCGUACUGUCGUUCGAUUACGUCAUCAUUAGUGCGAUUAUUAUGGUAUAAUUUUUAGAGAAAUUAUAAUUAUUAUCGCCCGCGUGAUUGUUGCGACAGUCGAGUAUGCGUACGAGUAUUACGAGUAUUCAUUUUGCUCGCAUAUAAAAUAUAAAUUAGAUAUUUAAUUAUUACACGACCUCGCUUUUUGUUAUUUAUUCCUAUCGUUACUUGCCUCGAAUUAUUUAUUCUUGAUUAUUAUAAUUUUCCUUCUUUUUAAAUAUAGUGCGAGAGGAUCGCAACGUACUCGUCGUAUAUAGAGAUUACAGAGACUAGUGUUACACUAUCACUAUCACCACACUCUGCGACUGUAUUUACUAUUUAUAUUAUUAUAUAUAUAUAUAUAUAUAUCUCGCUCUUACUACUACUAUUAUCUAUUACUAUCGUCACCACUGCGUUGUUGCUAUACGUUAUUGCGUACAUAUAUAUAUUAUAUAUAUUCUAUAUUACACGUCAACUAUUGUCGUUAGACUUAGCUGUUCUUAAGUAUAUACGUUUAUUGUAAAUACAUACUAUCGCAUUGAUAAGAGAGAAAAUCGAGGCGUGAUUCGACCAGGGAUAUCACAAUCGAGCCGUAGACCGAACAUGUACAUAAAGUUGUAUAUUACUAAAUAUAUACGCGCAACAAAAGAUAUAUAGAUAUAUAUACAUAUAUAUAUAUACGUGUAUAAAAUAUUUAUGAGAAAAAUGUGAAUAAUAGAUAGGAAAGGAAAUCGUGUAUAAACGUUUUGUUAGAUUAAAACCGCGCUUAGAUUUAAUUCUCGUUGAUCCUCGGUACGGCUCGUUCGCGAUUCCGCUAAAACGAAAGAAUCUCCUUUAGUCGUUUUUCCCCCUUCUUUCUCUCUCGCACGAUGCAGACAUAAACAGGGUAUUGGGAGGACGAUUGGAACGGUUGAUCGGUGGUUGCGCGCGUUGCGCCGUGCAAUGUUCGAAAAAAUGGCGAUUCGUUCUUUUACGAAUUGACAUUGUUCUCGCUUGCCCAGUGGCUUUGCUCAAAAUGACCGCUUUUGGCGGGCUGCGUACGGUGCGGGCGGACGAAAAAGGAGAACGGGCGAACAACCAUCGUCGUGUUCCGAUCAGACUCCCUUUUCUUUUUUCUAGUGAGAACCGCCGAGAGAGAAGUUCACCUAGUUUAAAACUUUCUUUUAAGCGAAUCGCGUCUCGAUUUUUGCAGCGUAAUCUCUCCAUCGCAAACGAAGCACGUGCUUUUGUCGCGAAACUUUUUUUGGUUUAUAUAUAUAUAUAUAUAUAUAUACAUAUAUAUCGCGCGAAGUCUUUAUAUAUAUAAUAUAUUUUUUCGAACGUAGAUAAAUAUAAUAUCCGAGUAUAUGUAAAUAUGUAUCACACAUCAACGCAUCAACGUUGUGCUUCUUUUCCGCAGAGAGAGAGACUACGUACUACAAAUCCGAUCGCCGAUCUCGUAUCACACAUACAUACACACA